AUGGCUGACAUCAAGGAUGCUCCUGCGCAGGAGCACCGCAGAGAGAGUAUCCUCUUCGCUGACGAGUCCAAACGCAAGGCCAGUGUUGCUCAACUGACGUCCAACACCACCGGAGAAGUUCGCAAUCCUCUGGUGGGCAUCCCGCGCGAGCAGAUGCUCCAAGAUGUCGAAAACUACGCCAAUGAAAACGGCUUGACCGACAUCCUGCCGCUCUUGAAAAAGGGUGCGCUGGUUGCCCAGAGUCCCCAUGCUAUCGAGCAUAUCCCCGAAUUGGAAGAGAGCGAACGUCAACUCCUCCGCGAGGAAGUCACCCACCGCUGGAGACACCCCAAGACCCUCUACUUUACCAUCGUCCUCAACUCGAUCGCCGCAGCUAUCCAGGGCUGGGAUCAAACGGGAUCCAAUGGCGCCAACCUGACUUUCCCAGUCGCCUUCGGUAUACCUGAUUCUGGUCCAGUUUGCGAAGCCAAAGGCAACUGUGAAGACAACUCAUGGCUCAUUGGAUUCAUCAACUCCUGCCCUUACAUCGCCAUCGCCUUCUUUGCGGGAUGGAUCUCCGAUCCCCUGAAUGACUGGCUCGGCCGUCGCGGAACUAUUUUCGUUGGUGCCAUCUUCUCUCUGCUCGCACCUAUUGGCUCAGCUUGUACUCAACACUGGGGCCAGUUGGUCGCGACUCGUAUCCUUUUGGGUAUCGGUAUGGGUCUCAAAGAAGUGACUGUUCCUGUGUUUUCGGCUGAAAAUUCCCCAACCAACAUCCGUGGUGGUCUCGUUAUGUCGUGGCAAGUGUGGACGGCAUUCGGAAUCUUUUUGGGUACUUGCGCAAACCUGGCGGUCAAGGACACUGGCGACAUAGCGUGGCGCCUGCAGUUGGGUUCCGCCUUUAUUCCUGCUAUACCCCUCGUUGCUGGUAUCUGGUUCUGCCCAGAGUCUCCUCGUUGGUUGAUGAAGAAAGGACGCCACUCCAAAGCGUACAAAGCUUUGCUCCGACUGCGAAGAAGCCCUCUCCAAGCGGCUCGUGAUCUUUACUACAUUCACGCACAACUUGUCCAGGAGGACAUUCUCGUCGAGGAGUCAGCAGUCGCCACUCAUGGCAACAUCUUCACUCGAUUCGUCGAACUAUUCACCAUCCCGCGUAUUCGACGCGCAACCCAGGCUUCAGGUGUCGUGAUGAUUGCACAGCAGAUGUGUGGCAUCAACAUCAUUGCUUUUUACUCUUCCACUGUCUUCUCCAACGCGGGAGCCAGCGUGACGGGCUCCCUGCUCGCAUCUUGGGGUUUUGGCCUGGUUAACUUUCUCUUCGCCUGGCCAGCCGUCUGGACGAUUGACACCUUCGGCCGAAGGGCGCUGUUGCUCUUCACGUUCCCCAACAUGUGCUGGACUUUGCUGGCAGCUGGAUUCUGCUUCUGGAUUCCGGAGAGCAGCGACGCGCAUCUCGGACUGAUUGCGCUAUUUAUUUUCUUGUUCGACGCCUUCUACUCGCCUGGAGAAGGGCCUGUCCCAUUUACGUACUCGGCCGAAGUUUUCCCACUGUCUCAUCGUGAAGUUGGCAUGUCGUGGGCCGUGGCGACCAACAACUUCUGGGCAUCAGUCCUGUCUCUUACGUUCCCGCGUAUGCUCCAAGCGAUGAAACCACAGGGUGCCUUUGGAUUCUAUGCCGGACUCAACAUUGUUGCAUUCUUCAUGAUCUUCUUGUGGCUUCCAGAGACCAAACAGCGGACCCUGGAAGAGUUGGAUUACGUCUUUGCCGUGCCGACUCGUACACACAUGCAUUACCAAGUCAACCAGGUGUUCCCAUACUGGUUCAAGACUCAAAUUCUUCGACGCAAGGGCCUUACUCCGCCACAGCUCUACAAAUUCGACGCGGACGAAUAUGUUUCCUCUGAUCGCGAAGAGGUUACCGAGAAGACGGCCAACGUUUGA